CAGCGGUCAACAGUGAGCUAUCGGCCGCUGGGAGACCGAAAGAGAAGAAGACUACCCCCGCUCUCUGGUGGACGGAUGGGAAUGCGGUGUGUGGAAAACUCACUCAAACUUUAACUUUCCUGCGUGGACAGAGCUCCAGGUGAACUGCAGCUGAGCAGCAUGAGUUCUCCGAGCCUACAGCAGCCCAGCUUCCUGCUGGCUAACCUUAAAGCCGAUGCCACCACCAAGCCUCUGCUCCAGCGAUGCCAGGACCUGCUGAAGAUCAUAGACGAGUAUCCUGCUAAGGAGCUGCACCUGAUCUUCCCCUGGCUGGUGGAGAAUGUGUUUGGCAGUCUGGACGGCGUCAUCUCUGGCUGGAACCUGCGCCUCCUUCACUCACGAUGCAACGAGUACAACGUUGUUCUGGACUUCCUGAACCCGAGCGGCCCGAUGAUGAAGCUGGUGUAUAAACUGCAGGCAGAAGAGUACAAAUAUGAACUUCCUGUCAACUAUCUCCCGGGUCCAGUGAAGGCCUGCAUCCAGGAGGGAGUUCUUCCUGACUGUCCUCUGUUCCACAACAAGCUGCAGUUCCCACCGCCGGGCGUCCUGACUCUGAACCUCGCUCUCAAUCCUUUCGAGUUCUUCAUGUUUAAUUUCGCCCACUGUCUCGUCGCUCCGAGGAACUGCCUUCAGCCCCAGGUCAGCAGCUUGACAGACAGCGCCUACUUCCUGCUGGUGGACAUGUACCUGAAGUACUUCCUGCCCGUCGAAGGAAGCGUUCCUCCGUCUCCGUUCUCCGACUCCAGAGGCUCCGUCACGGCUCCGUCGCCCCGAGCUUCCGGCGUGUCGUUUGCUGGUUACGGCGUUCACAGCCCCAGCCUCCUGAAGCAUCACAUUUUCCACCAGCCGUCGGUGAACGCAGACCCUGCAGCCCAGGAGAUCUGGAGGUCGGAGACGCUGCUGCAGAUGUUUGUAGAGGUCUGGCUCCAUCAUUACUCCUUGGACAUGUACCAGAAGCUGCAGUCUCCUCAGGUAAAGCUGGCGCUGCUGCAGUACCGCCUCAGUAUGUCCAGCAUGCCGUGCCAACCUCACGCCCCACCAGGCUCUGGGACCUUCCACACCUACCAAGUACUUUUACCUUUUCAUUCACCCCCGGCCCUCUGGGGCCUCCUGGAGGAGCCCUUCAGUCCCUCAGAGGAGCACGUGUUGGUGGUGCGCCUCCUGGUGAAACAUCUGCACGCCUUCUCCAACAGCCUGAAGCCUGAGCAGCUGUCUUCAUCGCCCUCGGCCCACUCCCACACCCACGCCAGUCCGCUGGAGGAGUUCAAGAGGGUGGUGGUGCAGCGUUUCGUGCAGCAGAAGCUCUACCUGUUCCUGCAGCACUGCUUCGGACACUGGCCCCUGGACGCCUCCUUCAGAGCCGUGUUGGAGACGUGGCUCAGUUACAUUCAGCCUUGGAGAUACACAGGAGAGAAGAACAAUCCCCAGCCGGACCAAAACAGAACCGUCCCGGACAAAUGGGAGCCGUUUGUUCACGAGAACCUGCUCCUGUACACGAAGCUCUUCCAGGGCUUUCUGAACCGGGCGGUGAGGACGGACCUGGUCAACCCCAAAAAUGCCCUGAUGGUGUUCAGGGUGGCCAAAGUGUUCGCUCAGCCCAACCUGGAGGAGAUGAUCCAGAAAGGCGAGCAGCUGUUUCUGGAGCCAGAACACGUCCUCCACCACCGACAACCCCGUGGAUACCUGACACCGAGCCAGGGGGGCAGCUACCUGUCAUCGCGGCAACGGGUGGUGACCGAUACGGUGUUCAAGGUGAAGAGCCAUGUGUAUUCCCUGGAAGGACAGGACUGUCAGUACAAGCAGAUGUUCGGACCUGAGGUCAGAGGAGCGGUCAUGAAGUUCAUCCAGAUCAUCGCACAGGCCCGCCAUACGGCAAAGAGGAUAUCGGAUCACUCCACUGAGGCAGCGGCCAACAACUCCUUCCUGUCCUGGUUUGGACUCGGCUCCUCCGACCUCAACAACACGUUUUCUGGUGCCGAGCCAGAGGAAAGCGGGGAAUGCCUGAAGAAGACCCACGAGUUCCUGGACCGAGCUCUGGAGAACCUGUGUCAGAUCUUUAAGCUGAACCAGGGCCAGCUGGCCCAGCUCAUCUCCAACCUGAGCUCCUCCCAGGACGACGGCCACUCCAGGCAGCUGCCGGACUGCAUCCAGGGGGAGAACGGGCUGAUUCUGACCGACCUGGGCAGGAGGCAGAUCAUAAACGGUCUGCGCAGGUUUGAAGUUCAGUAUCAGGGCGAUCCGGAGCUGCAGCCCAUCAGGAGCUACGAGAGCGCCUUGCUGGUCCGGUUCCUCUACAGACUGUCCUCUCUGCUGAACGACAGGUUCCGAGGCCACAUGUGCGCUCUCUGCUCGCGCUCCGACUUCCUGGGCCGCCUCGGCCGUCGCUACCUGACGGAUCCAGACUCCUCCGUCCGGCCCAAGCGGAGCCCGCAGUCCCGGCGGACUCUGGAGCGGAGCCUGCAGCCACGGCUAAGCCUGCGUCCACUGGCGAGCUACAGGACGCUUCUGGUGCUGCUGCUCUUCUACCUGCUGGGGGCCCUGCUGUCGUUGGGGCCCCUCCCCAGCACAGUCCUGCUUCUGACUGGGGCGGUCCUGUACGGAGUCCUGAUGACGCUGUUUGCAGAAAAACUGAAAACACAUUGAGGCAAAUGUUGAGCCGGAACAUUAAAACGUUUCUCUGUUUACCACUUUGAUCAGAACUUGGACCGGCUGCUCGUUCUGGGAGAAUUCUGCUGUAAAUAGUUUUUUGAUUUUACCUUCCAGCGUCUGGAAACAGCUGCAGGCCAAAACCGUUGGCACCAAUAAAGUAUUUUUCUCAAUGAAAACAGAA